AUGGCUGUUGUGACGUGGUGCUGGAUGGUGGCAGCUCUCGUGGUGCUAGUGGGGCUGCUCUGCCGGUACAUGAUGCGGAACUUCAACUUUUGGAAGGAUCGAGGGGUGCCCUAUAUGAGGCCGUGGCCAUUCGUCGGCAAUAUGGGCACUGUGGUGGCUUGCAAAGAACACCUUGCAGAUGUUGUCUUCCGGUGUUAUCGACAGGCAGGAGAUGUGCCCUUCAAAGGCAUGUUCGCCUUUGACCAACCUUUCUUGAUGGUCAAGGACCCAGAACUCGUGGGUCGUAUCUUCGUUGCAGACUUCGGCACGUUCCACACUCGCAAUUUCGAGGUCAACAGUGAGACUGAUACUGUUUUCGCCAAUUCGAUUUUCGGUGCACAGGGUCGGAAACGCGGCCUGGCCGCCCCUGUUCCAGUAAGCGCCGUGGACGUGCGCCAGGUACUGACGUGCUACACGGCGGACAUCGUGUGCUCCAUCUUCCUUGGCGUGGAGGGCGGCUCCCUGAAGAACGAAGACUCCCCAGUAUGUCGCCAGCUGCAUAGAUUCCUGCGGAAGGACGCUUUCGCUGGGCCGGCCUACGCCGUCUUCUUCCUCGCCCCGCAGUUGCUGAGGUUCCUGCCCUUCAAGUUCACAUCCUCCGAUGCGGAGAAAGGCUUGUUCGACAAGAUUGUUCAGGUGAUGGAUCAUCGGAGGAAAACGGGAGAGGUCCGAGGUGAUGUAGUGGACGCGGUGCUACGCAUCUUAGAUGACCAGAAGGCUGAAACCGGCAAAGCACCUGCAAUGGAUGAAGCCUGGGAACAAUCGACAGAGCAGCAAGAUGAGGGUAAAUUCGAUGAUGGCCAAUAUCUGGUUAUCUAA